UGAGUCCCUUCUUUCCCUCCGCUGUUCUGAGGACGAGUCUCCUUCAACUGUUGGAUCUUUAUCUGUGGCGCGCGCACCAUGAGCGGACCGACGAAUGUUCAGUACCAGUCAGGACUUUAUGGAGGAAACAACAACAACAGCAGCACCCCUCUCUCCAGCUGUGGAAAUUCUGGGAUCACAUGUGAGCGAUGUGGGAAGGUCUGUCGUGGUGAGGUGGUGCGCGUCAAGCACACGCACUUCCAUGUCCACUGUUUCACCUGUCAAGUGUGCGGCUGUGAUCUGGUGCACUCAGGUUUCUUCCACCAUUCUGGUGAGUACAUCUGCACACAGGACUACCAGCGGCUCUAUGGGACCCAGUGUGACAGCUGUGACCAGUACAUCACCGGAGAGGUGGUAUCCGCUCUUGGAAGGACAUAUCACCCACAGUGCUUCGUCUGCAGUAUCUGCAGGACUCCAUUCCCAAUCGGAGAUCGGGUUACUUUCUGUGGGAAGAAAUGUGUGUGUCAGCAGUGUUCACACACUUUGAGCAGCGACAAACCUAUCAGGAUCCAGGGGCCGAGCUACUGUGCAGGCUGUGGUGAGGAGAUCAAACAUGGUCAGUCUCUUCUGGCUCUGGAGAGACAGUGGCACGUCAGUUGUUUUAAGUGCCAAACAUGUGGCUGUGCGCUGACUGGAGAGUAUAUCAGCAAGGAUGGGAUACCGUACUGUGAGUCCGACUACCACACUCAGUUUGGGAUCAAGUGUGAGAGCUGCAACAGGUACAUCAGCGGCAGAGUGUUAGAGGCCGGAGGGAAUCGCUACCACCCGAGCUGUGCCAGGUGUGUCCGCUGUCAUAUGAUGUUCUUGGAGGGAGAGGAGAUGUACCUAACAGGUUCAGAGGUUUGGCAUCCGAUGUGUAAAGAAGCAGCUCGGCUGGAGAGAAAACUGAGGCUGAGACGCACAUCUGAGACGGCAUCUAUUUCUCCUCCGGGCUCCUCUCCCAUCCUUGGCUCCCCGCACCGCCUCAUAUGUUCAAAGGCUGAUGUGUUGGACUAUAAGCAGAUGGCAGCUCUUCCCAGGAUUAAAGCCAUAUAUGACAUCCAGCGGCCCGAUGUUAUUCCUUAUCAGGUCAACCAUGCACACAAGCGCCUCUCAAAUGACACCACGGAGCGUCACAGCUAUGGACAGGAUCUUUUGGACAGCCUGGAGUUUAGAACGAGGCAUUCCUGUGGCUCUACCUUCAGUGAUUCACCUGCGCACAGUCGUUGCAGAGGCUCUCCACAGCAUUAUUUUCACCCUGGUGCUGAGAGUGGAAGAAGUUCACCUUAUCACAGUCAGCCAGAGCCCAAGGGUACCACAGUCUGUACCACCGCCUUACAAACCCCAAAGCAUUUCCACUUGCCAGCAUCUGAGGAAACCAACAUCUACAGGAAAUCCCCCAUCUAUAGGAGGCAAGAUAUCUGUGCAUCACCAACAGCGUGUAAGAGUAAGAAUGGCAACCUUGUCAACUCAAGCCAACUAUCUUCAUCCAACUGUAACAACAUCUACCACCCUGAAUCCAACUACUACCCGUACACUGGUUCACCAAAAGGCUCCAGGGUGAGGAGGUUUUCAUCUGGAGGGCAGGAGGAUGGAUGGAAUCACAAUAUAAACAGGGGGAUUGGCAGGAUGAUCCUGAAGGAGGAGAUGAAGGCGCGGUCAGGUUGUCACGACAAUGAGCAGUGGGGGAGCCCACGCAAUUCUCACUGUAAUAGCAAGGAACAGUUGAACAGUUUUGGAAACGGCUCCCUUGAUGGCUCUCCCAGGUCUGUCUACAGUGCAAACAGCGAUUCGUACAUUGCCAAAUCGGCCUCAUUGCCAGGCUAUGGUAAAAAUGGUCUAAAUAGGUCUGGGACUGUGGGUGCAGACUAUUACCAGUACAACAGCAGUAAUGCCAUAAACUGGCAGAUCAGAGAAUACAAGAUCUAUCCAUAUGAAGUCCUCGUGGUGUCGGUCAGAGGGCAGCAGCGUCUACCCAGCGAUGUGGACCGAGCCAGACUAGAGCGUCACCUGUCACCAGAGGAGUUCUACAAAGUAUUUGGAAUGUCCAUGUCUUCCUUCGACCAACUUGCUCAAUGGAAGAAGAAUGAACUAAAGAAACGAGUCAGACUCUUCUGAGAAAAUUCAGCCUGCGGGAGGGUCCAAACCACUGCUUUGUCCACACUGAGACGUGUGACUCAACAGAAUGGGAGCUGAUGAAUUUCUUUCUUAGUUUUUCUUUUGAAGUGGUGAGAACAGAAUCAUUGGAUCCACCACAGGUUUCCUGUUCUUUGUCUGUUCUAAAUGCACUUAGGCUUCUUAUGCAACACUUGCGGAGUCGGCCAAAUGUUCACACAGGUGACUGAAACAGAUUAUGAAGAUUAAGAGGUGUAGAAAGGCAGCAGACGACCCACGUGGGGUCGAGAAAUUGCUGCUCCGUUUCCAACCAGCAGAUGGCAGUGUGACAUCUGAACAGUGAGAUGAAUCUGCACAUGCAAUGAGGAGGAUUUUGUUUACAGUCAUGAGAACAUGUAUGGAAACAAAACACUAUAACAAUCAGUGCACUAAAGACAGGUACCGUCCUCAGGUUGUCCUAUGCUGAGGUGCAUAAAAUAUAGUGCAAUGUGAGAUUUUUUUGUUUACAAUUUCUGUAUAAGUAUAAUGUGAAUAUGAAUUUUUUAUGAGGUUAUUCUCUUUCACUAUUUAUUUUAACUUGAGGUUGGUGGAGGUUGAUAUAAAUUGUUCUGAAGCCAUAUUACUGUUUGGAGUUAUUUUCUAAGUCAGGACCCAACUGCAUGUCACUGCAGUUAUUGUUAAAAAAUAAUAAUCUCAUUAUAAAGAUUAAUCUGAAUGAACAAACAGAUUUGUUUUGUUUUUUAAUUCUGUUUUAAGAAAUCAAAGAUUUAGUCAAAUCACUGGAGCGGCAUCAUUAAGCAUCGCAAUUGUGGAUAUUAGAUAGCAAAUUAAAACAGAUAAAUGUUAUGCA